AUGCCCCAUUUCUACACCUACCAAACUCCCAAUCCCUCCGCUGUCAAUACCAACGGCUCGACUGGCUACUGGGAGAACCCAGCAGACUGGCCUCGAACCUAUCUCUACGUAUCUAACCAAGGAGGUGCGCAGGGAAUUCAUCCACCGGCGCCAGUCUAUCAGUCGAAUCAACCAUCUCAGCCAGCAAUGUAUUACUUCCCAGGUAGCACAAGUGCCCCAGCCGGCUACUACGUGAAUGGCCUCUACUACGGAAUGAGCCCUCCUACUGCCUCAACUGGUUGGCCUUACACCUCCUCUGCAUACACUUGCUACACUUUGCCUGCUACUUCUACACCGAGCACCCCGUAUUAUCCGUACAACUACUCACCAUACUAUACAGCCCCGAGUCCGAUUCAAUUCCCUAUGAUGACUUCGCCAUGGUCUCAACCUCCGGGUCCGGCACAAGCUGCAGCUGCAGUAGCCGCCAAUGCUGCUCUCGCUGCCAUGCCAAACGCACCAGCAUACUUCGUCGGAGCGACAGCUGCAGAAAUUCAAGCCCAGAAUGCGAUCUUACUUGCGAAUUUGCAAGCUGCUCAACAGCAACCCUCCCAGCUGGCACCGUACAAACCUGGCGCAAGUCCACAAUUUUGGUGCAAGGAACUUGAUGGAAGCUGGACGUUGAGGGAGUACAAUGACGCCUUGAAGAGUGAUUUUCCGGCCGGCCAUUGGGAGAAGCAUGCGACGAGCGGAUAUUACUACUAUGUUCGCCACACUGGUUGA